UCCAACAUCACCUCCUGCUUCUCAAAUGUCUGUACACCACAGCAUACAGAAAACAUUUAACGAUUCGAAUUAACAGAUUCAAUUUAAUUAACAUACUGUGCUCAUAUUAGCUACAUGACAUAAAAAGUAAACAGUCAUAAAUGUAAAAAUGCUCCAGAAAAUUACCGUGCAAACACAGCCACUUAAUAACAACGUUAAUAUCUGACACUGCCAUCAGUAUAACUCACUUUGAAUAAAAUGUGAAUCUUUCAAAUAUGAAUGAUUUUCUGAAUGUUAUCUAUAUCCAUUAAACUCUUCUUUGGGCAGUGGGAAUGGCUGAGAAAUUGGACCGCUAAAUAACUCUUAUGCUGUGUAGCUACUUUGAGAAAUUAUAAAUUCGUGCGUGUCCAUUUGAUUUUUAAGAUGCCUCCAAAACAAGAUGUGCAUUGUUGAAGUUGGGGCCCAGGGUAGAAUCACAGACGCUUUUGUUCGGGGCUCCCCGUUCCUGCGAAGGCCUGCUGUCGAUCAAGAAGCAAGCGUCCGCCCCCAUCGGCCCUUUCACUCACUGCUGCAGCUGGCUGCUUACCGUCUGCUCUCUGCAAUCUGUGCUGGAGAGGCCAAAGGAGCUACAGCUUCAGUAUUAAACCCGGCCUGCAGACGCUUAUGACGCUCGCCACCAAAGAACACAAAUAACACGAGUUGAAGAUGCUGUUUGGGCUGGCGAAGUUGACUAGCCAGCGGACCCCUUUGAAAAAUCAAAAUGGCUUCCAUCUUUGUCGUCUCAGCAGAGAGGUUUAUACCUUUGUUUCCCCGUCUCGCAUGUCAGGGAGUCUUGCUGGGAUGUCACCCAUGCUUCAGGCUAAACAUGUUCUCCAAGGGCACCAAGCGUAAGUUUUCCGAUGGUGAUGAAGAGAUAUCCGACGAAAGCCUGGUAGGUGCCAGGGUGGCAUCUUCGUACAACUUGCAACGGCAGUCGUUGCUGGACAUGUCCCUCAUUAAGCUGCAGUUAUGCCACAUGCUGGUGGAGCCCAACCUCUGCCGCUCGGUUCUCAUUGCCAACACAGUCAGGCAGAUUCAGGAGGAGAUGACCCACGAUGGCAGCUGGCAUAUGGUCACUGAAGCGUUCUGCGGUCCAGGCCAGAGUCCCUCCGAGCGCUUGGUGGCCACUGAGGUCCUUUGCAGGUCGCGAGAGCAGGAUGCAGAACCUAAACUCUUUUCUGUCAUCAGCUACGAAGGUUGCCGUGAAGAGGAGGUGGUAGCUGAUGAGACGCUGUGCUCCGUUUCAGUUAGCGAUACUGUCUCUAAUGUGUGCCUGGCAGGGCGUGUGGGCCAGUGCUGGGAGAAGAGUGAGCUCAGUGGUGUAGAGAGGGAUGAAGAGGCCCUUGAAGACUCUAGACUUGGUUCAGGAGAAGAUGAGGAGAUAGACACCGAGGAUGGGGCUUCUACAGAGAGUCCAAAGACCACUGGACAAGUUUUUGGGACAUUUGAAAUAAAAAACGGUUCCCCGGGUCCAGACUCUGCUCUUGAGGAACUGUUCUCUGAUGUGGACACCUCCUACUAUGAUCUGGACACCAUGUUGACCGGCAUGCAGAGCGCACCCAAGAUGGGCCCUUAUGACCUCCUUGACAGCUUGGCACCUUCACACGGUUCCCCUUCCAUAGUAUCCACCCCGACCUGUCGUUCUGAUCUCAAUGAACUGGAUCACAUCAUGGAAAUCAUUGUGGGUUCUUAGGUUCGAUCUUAUUCAGAGACUUACAUGCUUGUCUUAAUGUUACUGGCUUUUCUGUUCUUUAUGGAAAGCAAGUAAAGUCUGGAGUCCUUUCAGGGAAAAGAGUUGAUGUCUUUUGAAGGAUGGCCUUGAUUUUAUGAGCUGACCAUAGUCUUCUUAUUUGCAUACCCUUGGUAUGUUUUAAUGAUUUUUCUGUAUUUGUCUGUCCAGACAUGCUGUUUUUUAAAUUUAAUUUAUUUGUUAUACUCCUGACACUACGGAGAGCAGAACAAGAUGUAUACAAAAGUUGUAAAGCUUGAGAUAUUUUCAUAAGGAGACAAAAGAUUGUCUAAAUGUGUAUAUAAAUUAUAUAUUUUUUACAAUAGAUUCUUCUUGUAAUAUGUUACUGUACACUAUGUACAUGUUCUACAAAUUGAUAUUAACCGAAGAGAUUAGAUUCUUAUGUGCAACAACUCAACAAGUUUUCCGUUUAUCAAAAUCCAUAAACUGAAGGAACUUAAUUCAGUACUACAAUAUACAUAAGGCACCAAGUAUACAUACGAUGAUGCAUGUUUUACAUUUAUGUGCUUAUUUGCACAAAGUAUUUUUUUUUCCUCUCAAGGUUUGAUUGCAGUUGGCUGACAAUCAGCUCAGCCGUAGGUUUUUUUUGUUGUUAGACGUCAAAUUUCUUAUAUUUUGUCUUAUCAACAAAUGAAGUAUAAUGGGGCCAACCCAUUUUUUAUUGUGACUUAAUUUAUUUAAUUUAUUUACUGCAAACGGUGAGUGUUGGCUGUGGUCAAACUCAGGGUGGGUUUUUAACUCUAGAGGACUUAAUAGGCCUGAUUCACAAAAGUCUUUUGCACAUAGUAAAUCGGUCACAGAAUUAGUGCUUUGUGAGUUGUUUUGCACCAAUUAUUGGUUUCAGUAUUGAUAUUAAAUAAGUUAACUGUUUUAAUAUUGGUGAAUGGCUUAAGUAUAUCAGUCUAUUAGUCCUCUAGACCCCUCAUAACGAGAAGGCAUUUGUCUAGUUCUAUGCAUUUAGUGUCAUAACACACUUUAUACAUAUGAAGUGUUUAAAAUGCAUUUAGUACAGUAU